AGCUGCCGGAGCCGACUUGUGGACGCGUUGGAUCUAUGGGAGAGGGGGCCGGGCUAACAGAGGAGAGCGCCGAAGGGUGCAGAGAGAUGUGCAGCGGAGACGUACGUGGGCUGAGCUGGAGACAUCUCGUCCUCCUCACUUUGUUUGCUCUGCAGCUAAUUCCAGGUUUUGGUGUUACUCCAUCAACUUCCAAAGUUGUUGGGGCUAAUGAAUCAUCUAAAUCAAGCGGGAGUUCUGGUCGUGUGGUUCUUCUGAUAUGCUUGGGUUUGGCUGCAUUUGUGGCUCUUUCAGUUUUUAUAUUCAAACUUUGGCAAAGAAAGAAGAGAGAAGAACAAUAUGCUCGGCUGCUGAAAUUAUUUGAAGAGGAUGAUGAGUUGGAGCUUGAACUGGGCCUUCGGGAUUGAGAACCUUUCAUUCUUCAUUUUUUUUAAAUCUUAUGUCACUCAGGUUUGGUGAAUUCUUUGAGGAGAAAUGCUGGCCUGAAGGUUUUGUAAUUCUGUACAAAUUUUGGAGCCAAUUCUGCGGUUAAUUUUAAUCAUUUCUGUUGUUAUGAGUGAUGUAUAGAAUAACUAUCCUUCUGGUAAGUAGAUGAUUCCCCUUUUUCCUCAACAUUUAGUUUGAAAACUCCUGUGAAAAUUUUGUUUGGGAUUUAAUUGGCAGAUAAUGUUGAAUUUAUGAAUUUAUGUUUACUUUAUUGAUAAAAUGCAUAUAACCUGAUGAAUUAUUUUCUUAUAAAAGUAGUUGCAUGACCUCCCAUUUAUUUGCUUUACUUCUGGAAUUCUGUAGCGUUUCUUUGUAGUUUCUGAAAUUUGGUGACUUAGCAAACUUUAGGGAGAGUUUUUUUCCCCCCAAACUGACCAGUUUUCCGUUUAAAGCAUUGUAUUAGUUUACUUGACUUGAUUGGGCCGGUACAACUAUUUAUUCAGUUGCCAAUGCUUUUC